GGGGCCAUGGCGGCCGAGGCGGCGGAGCGGCACCUGGGGCUGCUGAGGGACGAGCGGGAGGCCGAGCUGGCACAGAGCAGGGCAUGGCAGGAGAGCGUCUCCCUGAAGGAGCUGCAGCGGAGAGGCGUCUGCUUGCUCAAGCUCCAGGUCAGCAGCCAGAGAACCGGCCUCUACGGGCGUCUCCUCGUGACUUUCCAGCCCAGGAAGUGGGAUUCAGACACCGAGCUGCCCUCCAACAGCUUCGGGCCUGGGGACAUCGUGGGGCUCUAUGAGUCGGCUGGGCAGGGGGACCCGCUGUGCACGGGCGUGGUGACACGUGUCACCCCCAAGGCAGUGACGGUGGCCCUGGAGGAGCCCCGGGAUGGGGAGCUGGCCCUGGACCACGAGCGCUCCUUCCGCCUGCUCAAGCUGGCCAACGACGUCACCUACAACAGGCUCAAAAGAGCUUUAACUGCACUCAAGCAGUACCGUGGUGGCCCAGCCUCUGACCUGAUCGACGUCCUCUUCUUUGCCUCUGCUCCCAGGGCGUUCCCUGAAACAAAGCCUCUGGAGUUCCUCAAUGCCUCCCUGGAUGAGUCUCAGAGGGAAGCUGUGUCCUUCUCCCUGGCUCAGAGGGAGCUGGCCAUCAUCCACGGACCUCCUGGCACAGGGAAAACCACGACCCUGGUGGAGAUCAUCCUGCAGGCUGUGCAGCAGGGCCUGAAGGUGCUGUGCUGUGCCCCGUCCAACGUGGCGGUGGAUAACCUGGUGGAGCGGCUGGCCGGCUGCAGGGCGCGGCUGCUGCGGCUGGGACACCCCGCCCGCCUGCUCCCGCCCACCCAGCGGCACUGCCUGGACGCCGCGCUGGCCCGCGGGGACAGCGCCCGCAUCGUGGCUGACAUCAGGAGGGACAUCGACCGCGCCUGGGCAAAAACCAAAAAGGCCCAAGACAAGGGAGAGCGAAGCCAUUUUCUGGGUGAGAUUAAGAUCCUGAGGAAGGAGCUGAAGGAGCGAGAAGAGGCUGCCAUGGCUGCAGCCCUGAGCCAGGCCAACGUUGUCCUUGCCACCAACACAGGUGCUUCCUCGGAUGGCCCCCUGAAGCUGCUGCCUGAAACCCACUUUGACCUGGUGGUGAUUGAUGAGUGUGCCCAGGCUCUGGAAGCCAGCUGCUGGAUCCCUCUGCUCAGGGCUCCCAAGUGCAUCCUGGCUGGGGAUCACAAGCAGCUGCCCCCCACCAUCAUCUCCCACAGGGCGGCGGCGGCGGGGCUGUCGCUGAGCCUGAUGGAGCGGCUGGCGGAGCGCUGCGGGGAGCGGGCGGUGCGCAUGCUGACGCUGCAGUACCGCAUGCACCGCCACAUCAUGGCCUGGGCGUCCUCGGAGCUCUACGGCGGCCGGCUCCGCGCGCACCCCUCCGUGGCACAGCACCUGCUCAGGGACCUGCCGGGCGUCGCCUCCACAGAAGAGACCAGCACCCCCUUGUUGCUCAUAGACACUGCUGGCUGUGGCCUGUUCGAGCUGGAAGUGGAGGAUGAACAGUCCAAGGGCAAUCCAGGAGAGGUCCAGCUGGUGGGGAUGCACGUCCAGGCCUUGGUGGAUGCUGGUGUGAAGGCCAAGGACAUUGCUGUGGUGGCCCCCUACAACCUCCAGGUGGACAUGCUCCGACAGCACCUUUGCCACAGCCACCCCGAGCUAGAAAUUAAAUCAGUGGAUGGUUUCCAAGGAAGGGAGAAGGAAGCAGUGAUCCUGUCCUUUGUCAGAUCCAACAGGAAAGGUAAGCCCUCGCUGCUGGAGCAUUGCUCUCUGGGGAAUGGGGAGGAAGCAUUUGCACCCGUUACUUCUUGUCCUGUCGGCCCCUUCCUGCGGCGCCUCCUGGACCACCUGGGCCAGCACGGCCUCGUGCGCUCCGCCUUCGAGUACCUGGAUGACCUGGUGCCCCAAAACUACCCCGGGGAGGGCAGGGCCCAGCGCCAGCAGGGCCCCAAACCUCCCAAAGCACAGCCGGCUCCGGCGGGGAAGCCCAAGGCGACGGCAGCUGGAGCAGGGAGCCAGAAACCGGGAGCACGGAGCUCCCCGAGUGCUGCCGCAGCUGGGAGAGAGGGCUCAGGCUCAAAGGAGCGUGGGGACAGGUUCAGGGCCAUGCUGGUGGCCUUCCUGGAGAGCAGCGAGGCGCAGCUGGAUUUCCCGGCGUCCCUGAAUUCCCACGAGCGGAUGCUGGUUCACGUGCUGGCGGAGGAGUACGGGCUGCUGCACCUGAGCUCCGGGGAGGGCCGGGACAGGUACAUCAGUGUCUGCAAGAGACCCCAAGGAGCCCCCGAGCUUGGAGCUGCCCUCUGAGCCCCUUCCCGAGCCCCCGCUGCCCUCCGAGCCCCUUCCCGAGAGCCCCCGCUGCCCUCCGAGCCCCAGCAUCCCAGCGGGAACACCCCUGACCCUGCAGAGCCAGGGGAAAGCAGCCAGGGCUCGGGGAAAGUGGACCUGAAAUCCCUGCACCUGGAGAGAGUCCAGAGGGAGAAAGCCAGGCGGGAGGAGGCGGCAAGGAAGGUGCAGGAGCCCAGCCGUGGCAGCAGGAAAAAGGACAAGAGCGAAGCCAAAGGAAAACCUGCGAUCGAGAGCGUGGCUGGAGAGGAUUUUGAUGCUCUGAUCUCUGCUGCCAUCAAAGCUGACAGGACCUGUGGCUUCCCCCGCUGCAAGGCCUCUGUCACCACCCUGGGCCAGCUCUGCCACCACUGCCAGCGGCUCUUCUGCCUCAGCCACCACAUCCCUGAGGUGCAUGGCUGUGGGGAGAAGGCCAAGGCCCAGGCACGGCAGCGGAUCAGCCGGGAAGGGCUCCUGUACCCCGGGAGCGGCUCCAAGGACAACUCCCUGGACCCCGCCAAGCGCGCCCACCUCCAGCGGCGCCUGGACAAGAAACUCAGCGAGCUGACCAGCCAGAGGAAGGGCAAAAAGAAAGACAAGGAGAAAUGAGGGACCUGAAUCCUGCUUUUUUAACCUCAAAGUUGCUGCUCAGUCCCCCUCCCAGGGGAAAGCUGCAGUGCUGGGCCUGGGUGGAAUAGGAGGCUGUGUUUUGGGGUGAGAAUCUGGAGCUGGGAGCCUUCCCGAGCUGCAGGGCUGAGGCAGGGGAGGGAGAGCUGCUGUAUUGUCCUGGCUGUCCCUGUGGACAGGGUGAUGGAUGCACUCAGAGCACGCUGGUGAAAUGGGCAUUAAACACCCAAAGCUGUCACUGUCACAUCGGUCCCUGCAGCAGCAAAUGAUGGAUGCCCAGGAGCAGGAACGUGGGAGGCACUGAAAACCCUGGGUAACCCUGUGCUCCAGGGAGGACGACUGAGGAAAUGGAUGUGUCCCAGCCCAGCAGUCCUCCAGCACCACUUGGGACCUGGCCUGUCCAUACUGCAGCCAUUCCUUACUGGGGCCAGGGGCUCAGGAGGGAGCUCAGCCCUGCUCCAGGUGUGCCUGGGGAUGGGAAUAGGGGUGGGGAAGGGGAGGCCUCCAGCCCAAACAGUGCUGGCACCACGAGGAGCUGCUCCAGCACAUUUCCCUGGGAGAGCCUUCUUGUGCCACUCCCUCCCUCCUCACUGCUGCCUGACACUUCCCAGACCUGUCCUGCUCUUCCCACAGAGCUCCUUGGAGGCUGAUUCCCACUGGGAAAGCCCAUAGUGACAGCAGGUACAGCCACGUGAGCUUUUCAGGUGGGAGGGAGCCUUGUGUCCGUCCUGGACCUUUUCCCAAUCCUUCACACAGGGUUCAUCCAUCCUACCCCCAAAAUAGUUCCAGCAGCAUUUUUUAUCCCCAGGAUGAAGGAGAAGGUGCAGAGAUGCCUCCAAAUAGGAAUGGCUGGAGAGGAGCAAUACAAAAAUGCCAAACCCACACCUUCCCCAUCAUUUUGGGGCUAAACAUCACAGAUUCCAGCGCCUGUGGAAGUCGCUCACCUCAUCCCAAGUAAAGCUCUGCAGGAGCUGCUGGACAACCAAGGGUUUCUGUGUGCAUCUAUUCCCAAACACUUGGCUGGGAUAAUAAGCAAAUUUUCCCCCAAACCUCGUGGUCUGUGAGUGAGAACUGGCUGUGAACAGCUUCCCACAAAAACUUCCUCAUCCUUCAGAAAACCUCAUUCUUCAAACCCCUCCAUCCUCGUCUCGUGCCUUGGUGCUGUGCAUCAUCCAUGGAGGGAUGGCACAGGCUCCCCUGGCAGC